UAACUUUAGUAUUUUCAUACAUCUUCCAAAACAUCAAAAGAAAUCAAACUUUCAGUUUAAAAGAUGGCCUUGGUGAGAAGUCUAUUGGGUGCAAAGAAGAUUCUUGGCCGCUCUGUAACAGCAGCUUCUACGAGUAAAAGAACAACCUCGGCGGCACCAAAAGGGUUUCUUGCUGUGUACGUAGGAGAGAGCCAGAAGAAGAGAUAUGUGGUGCCAAUCUCAUACCUGAGCCAGCCUUCGUUUCAAGCCCUACUAAGUAAAUCUGAAGAAGAGUUUGGGUUUGAUCAUCCAAUGGGCGGCUUAACAAUCCCUUGUUCUGAAGAUAUAUUCAUCACAGUGACGUCUCGGUUCCAAUGAUGAUUAUCCAAACAUAUUGUUAGUCUAGUUAGAUAUAGACUUUCCCUGUAGAUAGAUGAGAUUUUUUUAACCUCUUUAUUGUUUAAAGAGUUAUUCUAUAAUCUUUUGAAAGUGAAUGUUAUAGACACGAUAAUGAUUCAUGUUAAUACAUUUUGGAGCAACCAUUCAACAAGAAAGUGCGACACCUA